CAUGUGUUACAACCGUCUGGUUACAACCGGUUAACGUUACAUCAAAUUGAAUGAAUGCGAACUUCGCUGCGUACUGUUGGAAUUAUGCGUUUGAGACGGGCAGAUGAAAUGAUAAAAUAACCUAAAGUAUCGUAAAAACAGACGGAGUAUUUUGUGGAUGGACUGCUGUUCUUUUCAGAUUCAGUAUGUGGUGUAAAUGAAGCUGUCAACUAUACAUUGGACAAAAUGAACAAAAGAGAGGACACCCCUAAAGACCGCGGCUGUCUGGUUGCGGUCAUGUUCUUCAUCCUUGGCCUGGGAACACUAUUGCCAUGGAACUUCUUUAUGACGGCUUCUAUGUAUUUCAACAACAGACUCAAUACAUCUGAAUGGAGGAAUGGAACAAUAACAACUAGGACAGAGUAUUAUUUCAAUAACUGGAUGACUCUUCUUUCCCAGCUGCCUUUGCUGCUGUUCACUUUGCUCAACUCAUUUCUCUAUCAGCGGAUUUCAGAGGGGAUAAGGAUUGCAGGAAGUUUAGUCUUCAUCCUCAUCUUCUUCAUCAUCACUGCUGCCCUGGUGAAGGUCCCAAUGGAGGAGGACAGGUUCUUCUCCGUCACCAUGGCAACUAUCUGGUUUAUCAAUUCGUUCGGGGCCGUGUUACAGGGAAGUCUGUUUGGUUUGGUGGGUAUGUUGCCGCAGAAGUACAGCGGCAUCUUUAUGAGCGGACAGGGAGUCGCAGGGACAUUUGCUGCUCUUGCAAUGAUCUUCGCCUUAGCAAGUGACGCUGACAAUGAAACGGCAGCUCUGGGUUACUUCAUCACUCCGUGUGUCGGGACCCUCAUCACGCUCAUCAGUUACAUGCUGCUACCCAAACUAGCAUUUGCUAGAUUUUACCUGGACAGCAAAAGCAAGAGCUACGAGCUUGAGCCGUCGAGCCAGCUGCUGACUACAGGGAAUCCUCCAGAAACUGUGGAAUGCUGUGAGACGACGAGCGAUCCGUCUGAUGUCUCUGUGGUCAACAGGGAUCCGAACAAAGCUGCUAGCUGUGUCGGUGAAGAGGAGGGUUGCAAACAGGCCUUCCUCCCGCUACAGGCAGAAAACACUAACACCCAGAAGAGCUCUGUCCUGCAGGUCUUCAAAAAGAUUUGGGUUAUGGCGUUUUGUGUGACGUUUGUGUUCACAGUAACACUGUCAGUGUUUCCAGCUGUGACCGUGGAUGUUAAAACUGUCUAUGGAGGAAACUGGGAACGAUACUUCAUUCCUGUUUGUUGUUUCCUCUUUUUUAACCUGAUGGACUUUUUUGGAAGAACUUGCACGAUAAUAUUGAAGUGGCCCUCUAAAGAGAGCCGUUUUUUCCCAGCGCUGGUCGUGUCUCGUCUGAUCUUCGUGCCGCUGCUCAUGAUGUGUAACGUGCAGGAGAGACACAAUCUGCCUGUGCUUUUCUCAAACGAUGUCGUGUUUGCCAUAAUAAUGCUAAUUUUCUCCGUGUCCAGCGGAUACUUCGUAUGUCUGUCCAUGACAUACGCGCCACAGCUUGUGGAGCCUAAAGAUGCGGAGACAGCCGGCGCGUUAAUGACGUUUUUUCUGUCUCUGGGCUUGUCGUUAGGAGCAGCUUUUUCGUUCCCUUUGCGCCUCCUGGUCUGACUGACAACCACACUCGGUCUCAAACCGAUCCAUUCUCAGGACGUCUCCAUUGAUGCUUGUGCGUCAGUCUCUUCACACACAGUGGACAAAAGCAAAUUGAAACAAAACUGAAAACAGUUUUCUUUUU